AUGGCGCCUUCGGUUCUGCAGAAUGGUGGAUUCGUUUUGGGCUUGAUCGGUGCAGCGGCCCUCAUCGCAGCUACUGCUAUGAACAGAUGGAGCACGAAGGACAGGCAGGGGGAAUUGGUGACGUCUGUUUACACCUACAGGGGUCUGUGGCAGGACUGUGAGACCGCUUCCUCAGGACUCACAGAGUGUCGCCCGCUCUAUGGCAUCCUGGGCUUCUCAGGUGCCUUCCAGGCUGUGCGAGCCCUGAUGAUCGUAGGCUUGGUGCUGGGUGUCCUCGGGGCAGUCAUAUCAUUUUUCUCCCUCACCUGCCUCACAAUGACCAGCAUGGAAGACUCCACCAAGGCCAAGAUGAGCCUCACCGCUGGCGUCAUGUUCAUCACCGCCGGUGUGUGUGGCAUUGCAGGAGCUUCUGUCUACGCCAACCAGAUUGUGGCCACUUUCAGGACGUCCACGUACACCAACUAUGGAGGAGGAUACGGAGGAAGCAUGCAGGAAGGGAUGGGCAUGGGAAUGGGAAUGGGGAUGGGUGGAGGAAUGGGAGGAAUGCCCACUUACACAUUUGGCCCCGCGCUGUUCGUAGCCUGGAUCGGAGGGGGCAUCCUGCUUGUUGGAGGCGUCUUGAAGUCGCUGGCUUUCAGGGAAAUAAUGAAAAAUGAAAAAUCAAGUUACCCAGGGGUUGUCUACAAGCCUCAGUCCCGCGCCAAAACCGACCUGGGUGAUCACCAUUCAGAGGGCGGCAAGAAAGAGCAGAACUAUGUGUAGCAGCAGAAGCACUGAUAAUUUGUGUCUGCUCAGACGUGUGCUUUUAGCUUUUCACAUGCAGCAUGUUUUGUGGAUGUUUAUUUUUUCAGUUGCUUCACAUAUGCGUUCAG